AUGGCCUCGACUCCAGAUGUGGUGGACUCGAAAUGCCCAGCGGAGAUGGAGGAGCGGAGGCUGGAUCAGCUCCCGCCACAGGCCAUCUCCAACAAGCCGCUGACACCUUUCAGCAUCGAGGACAUCCUCAACAAACCGUCUGUGAGAAGGAGCUACUCCCUGAGCGGAGUGGCGCACCACAUUUCUCCAGGAGAGAAGAUGCCCUCUGCGGGUCACAGCCUGUCUGGCCGGGCGCUGCUCAGUCAAACCUCUCCGCUGUGCGCGCUGGAGGAGCUGGCCAGCAAAACCUUUAAGGGCCUGGAGGUCAGCGUUCUGCAAGCGGCCGAGGGCCGAGAUGGCCUGACGCUCUUCGGCCAGAGGAACACCGCUAAGAAGCGGCGGAAGUCCCGCACGGCGUUUACUAACCACCAGAUCUACGAGCUGGAGAAGCGCUUCCUCUACCAGAAGUACCUGAGCCCGGCGGACCGGGACCAGAUCGCCCAGCAGCUCUGUCUGACCAACGCGCAGGUCAUCACGUGGUUUCAGAACCGGCGGGCCAAGCUCAAGCGGGACCUGGAGGAGAUGAAAGCGGAUGUGGAGUCAGCCACGGUCUCCGGCACUGUGGCCCUUGAAAAGCUCUCCAAGUUGGCCGAGCUGGAGAAGUGCGCGGCCGGUGGUAUGGGCACCAGGACUGUUUCUGAGCUCGACCCGGUCUCCUCCAGAUCCCGCCACGACACUACCGGGAGCCUCAACUCCACUAGAACACCCAUGUCGCCUCCUUCACCCCCAUCGCCGUGGUACACAGACCAGCUGAGCAACAAGGGCUGCUCGGGGGAUGAAGAUGAAGAGAUUGACGUGGAUGACUAA